CUUCCCUUCUUCUCUCUCCCUCUCUCUUUCUCGCCUGCCAAACAUACAAAAUUCUUCUUCACUUUUUUUUUUUUUUAAUAAUCACAGAAUUUUUUCUUCUGAAUCCUGAAGAUGGUGUUCUCAUUCUGGAUAAGCACUCAAAUCAUUUGCCGCAAUUUCGUCCAAUUUCAUCCCCAGGCCUAGACUUUCAGAACGCGGAGGAUUGGGCAGGAGAAAGUUGAUUCGUAAUCACCAUGGCAUCUUCUGAAAUCGUGGCGGCAUUGUCCGAACCGGCAUCGGCGACGUCCUCGAGCUCGGGCUCGGUUUGCCAUGGGAAUUCUGAGGAUAAGCGGCGCUUUGUUGAUCUUAGAGGUGUACGGUGGCGCAUAAAUCUUGGGGUUUUGCCCUCUUCUUCCUUAGCUUCUAUUGAUGAUCUUCGUCGCGUAACGGCUGAUUCUCGAAGAAGAUAUGCUAUCUUGAGAAGACGCCUUCUUGUUGAUCCACACAUUUCCAAGGAUGGAAGUAAUUCUCCUGAUAUUGCAAUUGAUAAUCCACUAUCACAAAACCCAGAUAGCAUGUGGGGCCGCUUCUUCCGGAGUGCUGAGCUGGAGAAAAUGGUUGACCAGGAUUUGUCACGUUUAUAUCCGGAGCAUGGAAGCUACUUCCAGACACCAGGAUGUCAAGGCUUGCUCAGGAGAAUUUUAUUGUUAUGGUGCCUUCAACAUCCCCAGUUUGGCUAUAGGCAAGGAAUGCACGAACUCUUGGCUCCUUUAUUGUAUGUUCUUCAUGUUGAUGUGGAGAGGCUUUCUCAAGUGAGAAAGCUAUAUGAAGACCAAUUUGCCGACAACUUUGAUGGCCUUUCAUUUCAAGAUAAUAGUUUCAAAUCUAAUUUUGAUUUAAAAAACCGUCUAGAUGCAACUGAAGAUGAGGUUGGAGUUCAUGGAAAUGAGGAAAAUGUGAAAAGUCUUUCUGAGCUAGAUCCUGAAAUACAAACCAUUAUAUUGUUGACUGAUGCAUAUGGAGCUGAAGGGGAACUGGGCAUUGUCCUCUCUGAGAGAUUUAUAGAACAUGAUGCGUAUGCUAUGUUUGAUGCUUUGAUGAGUGGAGCCCAUGGGUCAGUUUCAAUGGGAGACUUUUUCUCUCCAACACCUGCAGGCAGUUCCCUUUCGGGAUUGCCUCCUGUAAUUGAAGCUUCUGCUGCUUUAUACCACUUGCUAUCACAUGUAGAUUUAUCCCUACAUGCUCACCUCGUUGAACUGGGUGUAGAACCGCAGUACUUCUCUCUCCGCUGGUUAAGGGUUUUAUUUGGUCGUGAAUUUUCGCUUGAAGAUCUUUUAACAAUUUGGGAUGAAAUAUUUGCAUCAGAUAAUGGUAAAUUUUACCGAAGUGAUGAACCUGAGACAAGCUCCAGCUCUGGCUUCCUUAGUUCAUCUCGUGGUGCAUUUAUUGCUGCUAUUGCUGUUUCUAUGUUACUUUAUCUGCGAUCAUCUUUACUUGCUACGGAAAAUGCAACUUUAUGUCUCCAGAGAUUGUUAAACUUUCCCAAGAAUGUGGAUUUGAAAAAACUGAUAGAGAAGGCAAAAUCUUUGCAGACUCUAGCACUACAAUCUAAUAUCUCGUCUUCACCGUCAUUGUCUGGAGCUUAUCACCAUCACAGCAAGUCUAUGGUUGCACGGAGUAAUGGCCUUUCAUCUGGUUCUGUUUCACCUAAAACUCCAUUAAGUCUUGUUCCUGAAAGCUACUGGGAGGAGAAGUGGAGAGUUUUACACAGGGAAGAAGAAUUUAAACAAAGUGGCUCAAAAAAUCAGAAUGCUGCCCAAAAGAAAGGAUGGUCGGAGAAAGUGAGAUUCUUGUAUAGGACGGAAUCUGAUCCAUCUCCGGCAAAGCUUGCUGGUGGCAAAAAGAACACUAAAUCCUCUGUUAGGCGAAGGUUGCUGGCAGAUUUAAGUCGAGAACUCGGGGCAGCGGAAGACAUUGAAAAAUGUGGGAAUGAAGAAGUGGUGGAUAACAAAGAUGAUCUCUCUGUCGAAGGGGAGGUGGAUGGACAAGAUAGCUGCGAGAAGUGCUUGGAAAAUGCUGUAGACAAGAGAUGUGAGAGUGGAAUCGCUGGCAGUGAAAACUCUUCAAUAUUCUCAGACCCAACAAGUUCCUUCAGUGGAGUAAAUGAUAAUGAGAAUGACUUAAAUGUCUCGGGCAGAAGUAGUGUUGCAUCAAAUUUGUCCCUGGAUGAAAAUGAUGAUCGGACCCAUUCCAUCGUGGAAGAUCUGCCUUUUUCGGUUCCUGAACAGCUUGAGAAUAUCCCUGAAAAAUCUGGGUGCAAUAAUGAUUCCGAGGGCAAUGCAACAGUAGGGACAAAGGAUAGGAAGUUACUAGGAAAAUUUCAGUGGUUUUGGAAGUUUGGCCGAAAUGUUGCUAGUGAGGGGAAAGGUGGCACUGAGACUUCUAAAUCGACUGGAAUCGAAAGUAAUCCGACAAAAAAUAUUGCUUCGCCUAAAAUUGAUGGGCCUYGUAGUAUUUCUGUCAGCAGCAAAGGAGACGGUGUGGACCAGAAUGUGAUGGGGACUCUCAAGAAUCUGGGUCACUCUAUGCUCGAACACGUUCAGGUAAUCGAAACCGUCUUCCAGCAAGAACGGGGUCAAGUAGGAUCGUUGGAGAACUUGUCUAAGAAUCCUUUAGUUGGCAAAGGACAAGUAACAGCCAUGGCAGCCCUCAAGGAGCUUCGGAAAAUCAGCAAUCUCUUAUCUGAGAUGUAAGACAGUUCUAUUAUUAUUAUUAUUUUUUCUUUGAUCUGUAUAUACAUUUUGUAAUUAUAUUUUUAGUGGCGUAAUAAAAUCGAGUUUAUCUGUACUCCCCUCCUUCAAUAUGUCGGUUUAAAAUCCAAACUGUGGUUACAGCGAGACGAACCGAGGUUUUGUACUGAGGCAUAUUAAGCUAGAAUGAUAUGGAUGCCAAAUUUUGUUCCAGUUAUCUGUUCUUUCUGGAUUCAGAAACUUGGAAUUAUGAGCAAACUGCAAAAUGUCCUUAGAACAUUGACCUUGAAGACAAAGGCUGAUUGUUUAGAAAAAUUUGACUGAAGAGAGUGACUGUGUGUGCAAAUAGAGCUCUCAUGAUUUUAUUAUUAUUAUUCUUUUUGAAAGAAUAUGUUGUUACA